AUGGCUUCCGGGGGUCCCAAUGGUGGUGGUGGUAGUGGAGCCGGGGCCGAAGGAGGAGGGAGUCCACUGGGAGUGUUGAAUAGGGAGGAAUUGGUUUAUACCAGAUGGUGAGUUUGGCGGAAGCACAGUACGAAGCUGGGAUGUCUUGGCAUAAGCAUGUUGACAGCUGUUUGGUGGGUCGAAAUAUGGGGUGUAAUAGUUAUUGCGAGGAGAACAUCUACUGUCUGGUUCGGGAUCGAGUGCCCUCCGACUCCCGGAAGUACUUUACUGUAGCAUUCGUCUCAAACGCCAUGAAAAGUAAAUACUUCCGUCCCCUCCCAUCUUCCCAUAUCCCUCCUUCAAUAGUUUCCAUGGCACCAUAACAGACUAACCUAACAAUCCCCCCCCUCCUCCACCGCCACCAUAGCGAUACCACUAUUCUACCAAAAGGUACAACAGCCAACCAACCAGCCAUCAACACGCGUGCAAAAAAAAAGGUACCACAAUUAACAAAAAAACCCCAGGCAUCAAAACACCCCCCCUCCCAGUAACCUGGGACUAUCACGUCCUCCUGAUCCACCAUCCUCCCUCCGCUCUGGCCACCAUAUACGACUUUGACACGACCCUCCCUUUCCCAUGCCCCUUUGCCGAAUACUACACCAAAACCCUCUACGGGCCGGCCGAGUGGGAAGAGUAUGGAGAGAUGUUGGAUCCCGUGCAGGUUAGAGCCUACGUCGCGAACCGGCCGAGGUUCUUCAGGCUCGUCGGCGCGAGUGAGUACCUGAGGACGUUCGCUAGCACCAGGAAGCACAUGAUGAAUCCGGGAGGGAUGGAGGGUAUGUGGUUGGCGGAUCCUCCCGUCUAUCCACCAAUCACGUGUGAGAUGGGGGAGGAUACGUUGCACAUGUUUUUGGACUUUGGUGCAUCGGGGAGUGGGGGUGGGGGUGGGUGGGGGAGGAUUGUGGAUGAGGUGGCGUUCUGGAGUGAGUUUGCUGGUGAGGUGGACGGGAUCAAAGUAGAGGAGGAGGGGGAGGAGGAAGUGAGAGUCCAUUGCUAG